GGGGUAAUGGCUGCGCCCUGAUGCUGAUAUAUGUUUACUGUGUUUUAUUGUAAAUAUCGUUCGCGUUAGCCGAACUUUUGCAUUACCAUUGUGUUAUGUCUACCUCAAUCCAAGCAGAUGAUAACGAAGGGGUUAGAGAGGAAAGCCUGUUGCUGUUAGGUGCUUCUUCGAAGAAAACCGAAAUUCGUGAAGGUUCCUCAUGGUGGGCAAGUUCGUUUAUCAUCAUUAAUGCUGGGUUAGGAGCAGGGUUGCUCAACUUUGCAGACUCAUAUAAUGAUGCUGGUGGAAUUGUCAUUGCCUUAACCUUACAAACGAUCAUGCUGGUCUUUUGCGUCCUGGCCUUGAUCGUCCUUGCAUACUGUUCGGACGUGGCAUGCUGCAGCACCUAUCAGGAAGUGGUGGAGACGAUGUGUGGCAAGCGUGCUUGGCUGACUUGCUCUCUCCUCAUUGCUGUCUACUGCUUCGGCUGCUGCAUUACCUUUCUGAUAAUCAUUGCCGACCAGAUUGACAAUGUGAUGGCAGACAAUUUCGGGCCUGAUUUCUGUGCGAGAUGGUACCUAUCCCGGCAGUGUACGCUGUCAGUCACCUCCAUUGUCAUAAUAUUGCCUUUAUGCUUUCCGAAAAAAAUAGACUUUUUAAAAUACGUCAGUGCGAUGGGUGUGUUCGCCGUCAUAUAUGUGACUUUCCUAGUCGUAUAUCGAUACUAUACAGGACAGUAUGUACCAGGCCCAAUCAAAACAGAACCAAACUCCUGGCAGGACGUGUUUUUGGUUAUACCAACAAUCUGCUUUUCGUACCAGUGUCACAUAAGUGUUGUACCGGUGUACUCGUGUCUACGAAAGAGGACUUUAACAGAGUUCAGCAAGUCGGUCUGCGUUGCCAUGGUCGCGUGUGUCCUGUGCUACACGUUGACCGCCGUCUAUGGCUAUCUGACUUUCGGAGGCAAUGUUAACGCAGACAUACUCCUGUCGUACGCGCCGAGUGAUACGGCUGCUCUCAUCGCCAUGAUCGCGGUUGCAGCUAAGAUGUACGUCACCUACCCAAUACUCUGUUUCUGUGGCAGAGUGGCUGCAGACAACCUCUAUAUAGAUUGUAAGCAGCUGAGUCCCGCACUAGCUGACCAGGGUGAGAAGACAAGACGAAUACUGAUGACACUAGUCUGGUUCUUCGCAUCACUCCUCCUUGCCGUCUUCAUUCCCGACAUAGGCAGUGUCAUCGGUGUACUGGGAAGCUUUGCGGCAGUCUUUAUAUUUGUGUAUCCAGGUAUGUGCUUCAUGCAGGGAAUGCUCGCGCGAGAUGCCGCGAUCGAGCAAAGACGUAGCAAAGUCGCGCUAAUCUGCACGGUAGGCUUCAUAGCACUCGGCGUGUUCAUAUUCGGCGUAGUCCUGGUGCAGGUGAUCAUGAAGGCUGUAGCGAGUGAGCAUCAGAAGGGACCGAUCAUCAACGGCUCACCCUGCUACUGAAGUAGUAACCUCGCUGUGACCACAAAACAGGUGCCGCAGGCUUACUACUACUACUACUGAGUACUACGUCUAGCGAUGAGUCAGUCGCCACCCAGUCUUUCACAUUUGAUCCAUUUGUCUACCACACCGUCCACACGUGAGUUACGCGAUACAGUCGUAUGUUAGUAUAUUCUACGAAUAAUCUCGAGGGUUGGUUUUUAUACCACAUUCAGUGUUUUGCAAUCAGCAACUAAUUCACUCACUGCAAGUCCGCUUUAAUGACUAAAUGCAUAUGCUGGGACGUCGUAAGUAAUCAAGAAUAAUGCGCCAAACAUCUGGGAUGAGUUAACAGCAGUUCCUUACGCCAGAACAAAAAAUUCUACCACGAUAGUCAAGCUAAUUAUCUUUCGCCACGUAUUCAGGGUAGCGACGCGAUUGCACAAAUUCGCAAAUGAUUAAUUAGCAUAAUUUAAUUUGCGAGGAUAAAUUUCUAAUUACCCGUUUCUCUCUUGAUUACAGAUACGACAGGCUUAGUACAAAUUGAAUAUAUGCAAAAAUAUUUGUGAAUACAGUUUUAAGCGAUCACAGACUUACACCUUCCCAUGUACAGUCACUAGACAUUGAAACAGAACAGUCGGAUAGGAACAAUGUAGGUAUUAUAAGUAAUUGCCUGCCAGCUGCAUUGCCCUAUGUUUGCUUACUCUGGUGUUUCCCAUCAGUGCCAUAAAUGACCCAGGCACGUAUAAAGUGCUUUCAAAUGUUGGUGUGAUUACCAAAACUCUGAUUAAUAGCUAUAUAAUUAUAUUUACUUCCAACGAAAAAUACAUACAUCGGACUGUCUCUAUAUGUUCAGAAUUCUCAUGUAUAUUCUACAGUACAGUGAUGGUGAUAGGUUCGUAGAUGGUGAAAAUGACUCCUGUCCUAAUUGCACUGUUAAGGACUUGUAGAUCAAGGUAUUGUGUCUAUAAGGCAAUGACAGUGUAUUGUCAUCUUGGUCUAUAUAUGGCUCGUUGUUGUCACAUUGCGUGACAAGAGGGGACAGCCAUCAGGAACUGGUUCUGUAACUUUUGUCUUCUUGUUCAUUUUGACAGGUGUAGUGUCCUCUGACUCUAGAGACAUUACAUUACAAUGCUAGUAGUAAUCAAGAAGAUCAUCCUGGCUUUUUUUACUUUAGCAGUGGGAGGUGUGGGGGGCUGGAAACUGCUCAUUAUGUGUGGUUAUAGAAAAAGGUGUGCUCAGACUCUAUGAGGGAAUAACAUACAGCCAUACAUACAAGUUCAUUCUAAUAAGCAUUCGUUUGUUUAUUUCUCUGCACAGCAGGGUAUCCUGCAAACAAUCAACUUGUGCUCAAACUGUACUGUACUGUUCAAAACCCUCGUUUUGUGUCAAGUCUUAUGUCCAAUAUAUUUUACCAAUACGUAAAAUAUGCUUAACGAGUCAGCCAUCGUACCAUUUACCUUUGUUCAUACAAAAAUGUAGUAUUGAAAAAAAAUAUUAUAUACAGACCUGUAUAUAUCUUUUUGUGUAAAUAAAUGCUUUUUACUUUUUUUAAACUA